AGAUCCCCCCAUAUGGCUUGAUUAUCAUAUCAUGCUUCGACCGCGACUCGUCCCUACCACGACCUUGGUCCGAGUUUUCGCUCGACUGUUCUCGGAUCGCCGCGAUCGCAAAUAUGCUAGCAAGCCGACACUAUUCAAAAGAGCUCUGACAGGAAAGUUCAAAGUGUCCACUGCUCAAGAUGCUGAGGCCUUUCUAUCAACAACUCUGAAUCAGAGAGAUAGCCCAAUUGGCGUUGUCGAGGAAAUACUUGCCAGCAAAAACGGUUUGAAGUGUCUACAUGACGCUUUUAACAUCGACGAUACACCGGAGUAUAUCGAUGCAGUUCUUCAGCCUGUGUUAUCUUGGCUUCAGUAUCCGGCUCUUGAGUCUGCGAGCAAUGGGUACUAUCUGAGACGUACUUUGCAGGCAUUGGUCAAUCCACCAGGCUCGAAGUUUUGGACAGGCUAUCAUUCUCAUGUCAAGUAUGAGCUUGUUGAUCAGAGAUCGACACAAUGCUUCGCAUGGUUGGUUUUACAAUUACUUAUCAACACGCGCAAUGUGCGACCCUAUGAUCUGAUGAUCGCCAAGGAUCCUCUGGUACAACGUGUACUGGCAGAUUCGGCGUACGGUGACACUCGCCGCCUUGGCCAAAGGAUACAGCGGGUAUACGCUCUACAUCAGACCGCAAACUCGCGAAGCAAUCGAGAAGUCUUUCAGCCACAGCACAACAACGACUUUCAGAACUUCAAAGACAUUGGUAUUUUUCCUACCACGCAAGAAGUGGUUUCGGAUGACAAGCCUCGGAUCUGGCGUGCUGCAGAAGUGUUCGAGCAACCUGAUCCUAUCAGAAGACUUUACGUGUAUCUGGCGAAUCUGUUUCGGCUUUACAGACAAGACUGGCUCGAGGAGAUCAAAGAACAAGUCCAGAUCGCUCUGGGAAAGGAAAACGAAGGUCUUCGUACCGUUACAACACUCAAAGUGAGCUUGACCGGACUUUCAUGUAGCGACAUAUCCAGGAGACAUGGACAGCAUCCUUGGUCAUUGAAACUGGAAUGCUCAGAGCCUUUGCCCGAACUCAAGGACCUUGAUCGAGAGGAACGCAAAGCUUUCGUCAAAGACGAUACCGAUUUCAUGCCAGAUGGAGCUCUUGGCUUUGUGGUUGCUGAUGGCGAGCCGGUGGCUAUUGUCAAGAUCUUACGCGAUGAAGCAUUACUCGCCAAAUCAGUCAUUUGUAUCCAAAUCCCUCAUCGCGAGCUGAUACCGCAAGCGAUGCUCAGCAUAAUGAAUGCGGCAUCUCUGGAGCUGGUACUUCUGAAUACUGCUGGAUAUGCUUAUGAACCUGUUCUUGGUCGUUUGCAGAAUACUACCGAGAUUCCUUUUGAGAAUGAAUUGUUGUUUUGGGACGACUCACAAACAGUCAAAGAUUCAGAGGCCUAUCGCAAUAGUAAGACGAUCAAGGAUAUUGUAAAACAACUCGAGGAGAAGCCGGAGUUGAACUUGCAAGAUAUUAUGAAGUUGAAAGGUUCUGUCGUUCUGGACUCCUCACAAGCGACUUCAUUGACAGCUGCUCUGAAACAAAGGUUGAGUCUCGUACAAGGACCGCCUGGUACUGGCAAAUCAUUCAUCGGAGCUCUUGCAGCAAAAGUCCUGCACGACCAUAGCAACGAAAAAAUCCUGGUCGUCUGUCACACAAAUCAGGCUCUAGAUCAAUUUGUCCAAGACAUUCGCAAAGUUGGCGUCAAGGACUCGGAGAUUGUCAGACUGGGCGGAGUGGAGCGAACUGAUCCUGCUAACCACUCUCUGUUACUCUAUUCACUGAGAGUUGAUAGCACGCACCACUCUAGCUGGGAUACGAGAUCGUUUGUCAAAGACAUUGAGCGUCAGGUCUUUGAUGAGUCUCGGCGACUUGAAGACCUUUAUCAUGGCUUGACAUCGCUGGACAGGCUUCGUAAUCAUCUGGAUGAGCUAGCCAUGAAAGGAGAUCCGAGAUACAGUCAAGCUUUUGAGAUCAGUCUUGAGCCCAAUGGCACUAUACGUGUCGCAGAGGAUGGCACAGUGGCUGAUAGACAUUACUUGCUUUCACGUUGGAUCGAUGGCAAAGACCCUGGCAUCUUCCCAGAGAAGAACAAGUAUACCGAUGUCUGGAGUCUCUCGCCCCAACAAAGGAAAGAGCUAUGCAACGAGUGGUGGUCAAACAUCAGCCAGAAAGGACUUGCAGCUUUCUUGGAGAUAGCAGAAAACCAUGAUGAUCUAUUGAGCCAAGCUCGCAACGCAAACGGCCAGGUAACCGAACAAAUCAUCCACAGCAAAAGAAUCAUCGCCUGCACAACCUCGGGAGCAGCAAAAUACCCACAAGUACUCUCUUCAGCUCCCGGAAUCAUCAUCGUCGAAGAAGCCGGCCAAGUCCUCGAAAGCCACAUCAUAACCGCACUAAACCCCACCGCCAAACAACUAAUCAUGAUCGGCGAUCACAAACAAUUGCGUCCCUUUGUAAACUACGAAUUAAGUGUUGAAAAAGGAACUGGAUAUGACCUCAAUCGCUCAAUGUUUGAGCGAUUGGUGUUGAGAGGGUAUCCGCAUCAAGUUCUUGCCCAGCAACAUCGUAUGAGACCCGAGAUCUCGGAUCUGGUCAGGCAACUUACUUAUCCUGAUCUCAUUGACGCACCCAAAACACAGCAGCGUCCGAACUUGCGAGGGUUUUCUGGUAAUCUCAUCUUUGUCAAUCAUGAUCAAUACGAGGAUACGGAAUCUGAAGAUCCUGAGACGGUCAAUGUAAGGACGUCCAAGCGGAAUACUUUUGAGGCUGAGAUGGCAUUCAAGACUGUCAAGUAUUUGUUGCAGCAAAAGUAUGAUGCUAGCAGUAUUGUGGUGUUGACGCCAUAUCUCGGACAGUUGAAAAAGUUGCAAGAGGUGUUCGGGAGGGAGGUCGAGACUGUCUUGAGUGAUUUUGACAUCAAGAAUAUGGAGAAGAAUGGGUUGAUCGAGGAUGCAUCCGAAGUCAAGCGUACUCAUGAGGAGGACGUCAAUGACGUUGCAUCUGUAGCUCCUGGUACAGACAUGUCUGCAUCGACAACGACACCCUCCGCUGAAAUUCAAACCACUGCAUCAGUCACCAAGCCAGCACCAACAACCAAUAUCUCUACCAGACCAAAACCAUCCAUACCACGACCAAAGAUCCAAAUCUCCACCAUCGACAACUACCAAGGCCAAGAAAGCGACAUCGUCAUCACCUCUCUAACCAGAUCCAACCCCGAAAACGACAUUGGCUUCCUCUCUUCCCCCGAACGCCUCAAUGUGCUUCUCUCCCGCGCCCGAAACGCUUUGAUCCUCAUCGGCAAUGCUUCGACGUUCAAAUCUGCACACACGGGUAAAGAAUUGUGGACAAAAUUCUUUUCUUUGAUGGAGGACAAGGCGCGUUUGUAUCAAGGUGUUCCUGUUAGAUGUGAGAGGCAUCCGAGCAAUACGGCAGUACUGAGUACCCCGCAAGCAUUUGAGGAACAGUGUCCGAAUGGAGGGUGCAGAGAGGUUUGUGGUGUGGAGUUGAGGUGUGGACAUGUGUGUGGCGAGAUUUGUCAUCACGAUGAUCAUGAGGGCAUGGUUUGCAGGGUGGUGGUUGAGGAACUGUGUAACAGAGGGACACAUGUUCAGAGAUUUGAAUGUUGUGAGAGGUUAGAGGUCAUCUCUAGACCUUGUGAGGAGUGUUUGGCUGAUGACGAGGUAGAGAGGAAGAAACAGGAGGCAGAGAGUUACAGUGGUCAGGAGAAAGACUUGAGA